AUUCAUAUAGAAAUUUAUUAUUAAUUUUGUUAUUUAUGUAAUUUCGUUUGAACAGUAUUUGUGCUUCCAGUGAUGCAGUCAUCACUUUAAUUUAGAACAAUCUCCCAUGUACAAAUAUACAGGUAUCAUAGAUAUACACAUUAGAUAUUUAUAAAUUCGCCAUAAUUAGCAAUAAGUCAAAUGUAAAUGUCAAGCUUGGCAUUUAAAUAGAUUUGGCUUGUCAGCAUGGAUCCCACGUCGCGAAGCAAAACAAUUUCGCUGUUUGUGAGUGGGAAAAACAAAUGCGAUUGCAGCCAAUUACCUAAAUGUAUGUCCGCCCAUAUUUAACACGAGAUUUACAACUCAAUUUUAAAAAUCGGACAUCUUGAUCUAAGAACACAAGCAACAUUAAACGAUGUUGACAGACUUUCCCAGUGUCAUUUGCAUAAGCCCGACCAUAAAAGGGGCACCAGAUCGGAUUGGCGAUCAGUUAACAUUCAACUAAGCUGCGAAUUACAAACGGAAUUCACUAUGAAGUGGUUCAAUUUGUUUCUACUGUUCGGCGUAUUGGCUAUGAUCGGUAGCCUUGGCACCCUGACUGCCGCCGAGCCUGUGCCGGAGCCCAAGGGACGACCCCAUACAACUCGCCGGCCGAGGAAUGAGAACGACGAGGAUCGCCGCUAGCAGCUCAAGCCCAUCAGUUGCAUUAAGCAGAAACCCGUUCGGGAUGCACAAACACACAAAAUUUUGUUCACGGUGAAAUGUUUCGGUCUGGAGACAAUGCAAUUUGUUGAAGUUCUAGUUUUGUAACAUUGCAUGCUCGAGCAAAAAUAUUCAAAUUAAACACGUUUUCAAUCAUUCGUUUAUUCGUUUAUAUUACCUGUAAUGCUAGAGUUAAAUUGGUCUGCUUAAAAAUAAACAUCUCAUAUUAUUGAUA